GCUGGACGGCCGGGGAGCAGGCCUGGGACGGGGCAUCCGAUGGGGCACCGCACGGGGUAAAGAGCCUGUUGGACGGGCGUUGUGAUGGCUCACCUUCUCCCCGCGGGGCCCCGUGUUGUUCUCAGACGCCCUGUUUACUGGGGGCAUCCCGUCGAAGGGAAUUGGCGCUGCCCCGAUUGGCCGUCGUCUCGAGAAUGGGUCGGCCGUGUUCUGCUCUGCUCGACUUGGCUCGGCUUGCACUCCGUCUCACCACCAAGUAUAUAAGUCUGCGCGGUUCGCCGUUGCAUUCUCCUUCGUCUCAGACACAUCUGGUCUCGCCUCACAAUGGAGCACCCUCAUCCAAAACUCGACGCCGAGCACGACGAAGGCGGCGUGUCUUCCGAGUGGGAUGUCGAGCCCUACGGCCCCUCGGGCUUCAAGGGCAUCUUCACCUCGCGCUAUGUCGCACUCUGUGCGUCGUUCAGUGCCAUCGGCGGCCUGCUCUUUGGAUACGAUCAGGGAGUCAUUUCCGUGACGCUCGUCAUGGAUGAAUUCUUGAAUCGCUUCCCCGAGGUGUCUGAUUCGGCUUCGGGCGCUGGCUUCUACAAGGGCCUCAUGACGGCCAUGAUCACGCUUGGUGCUUUCAUCGGUGCUCUUAACCAAGGUUGGAUCGCCGACGCCUACUCUCGCAAAUAUUCCAUCAUGAUCGCCGUCGUCAUCUUUACCAUUGGUUCCGCCCUCCAAACCGCCUCCGUCAACUACACCAUGCUCGUUAUCGCUCGACUCAUUGGCGGCAUUGGCAUUGGAAUGCUGAGUGCCGUCGUUCCCUUGUACAUCUCCGAGAUCUCGCCUCCCGAAAUCCGCGGCACCCUGCUCGUGUUCGAAGAGCUGAGCAUUGUCAUCGGCAUUGUCGUCUCCUUCUGGAUCACCUACGGAACCCAAUACAUCGGCUCGCACUGGUCGUGGCAGCUUCCCUUCCUCAUCCAGAUCAUCCCCGGCCUGCUUUUGGGCUUCGGCGCCAUCCUGCUGCCCUUUUCGCCGCGAUGGUUGGCUGCCAACGGCCGCGAGGACGAAGCACUCGCAAACCUGGCCAAGCUCCGACAGCUCCCUGCUUCCGACGUGAGAGUGCAGCGAGAGUGGGUUGACAUUAUCGCCGAGUCGAGAUUCCAGCAGGGAAUUGUCGCCCAGCGCCACCCUAACCUGAUCAACGGCGGAGGAUUCAGCAAGUUCAAGCUCGAGUUUGCCCAGUGGGCCGAUUGCUUGAGACCUGGAUGCUGGCGACGAACCCAUGUUGGCGCCGGUCUGAUGUUCUUCCAACAGUUCACUGGAAUUAACGCUCUCAUCUACUACUCGCCGACUCUCUUUGGAACCAUGGGCCUUGACUACAACAUGCAGCUGAUCAUGUCUGGUGUUCUCAACGUGACCCAGCUUUUCGGUGUCAUCUCCAGUCUUUGGACCCUCGACAGAUUCGGUCGACGAAACAUCCUCAUGAUCGGUAGCGUUGCCAUGUUCCUUGCCCACGCCAUCAUCGCCGUCCUCGUCGGCAAGUUCUCCAACGAUUGGCCUUCCCACCAGGAUGCAGGCUGGACGAGCGUUGCAUUUUUGCUCUUUUACAUGAUUGCAUUCGGUGCCAGCUGGGGACCAGUUCCCUGGGCGAUGCCUGCUGAGAUCUUCCCCUCGUCUCUCCGCGCAAAGGGUGUUUCCAUUUCCACUUGCUCAAACUGGAUCAACAACUUCAUUAUCGGACUCGUAACUCCCCCUCUUGUACAGAACACCGGCUUCGGAGCCUACAUCUUCUUCGCCGUCUUUUGCCUCCUGUCUGCCGUGUGGACCUUUUACAUUGUCCCCGAGACGAACGGCAAGUCAUUGGAGGAUAUGGACGCGGUGUUCAAGGACUAUGGUAGCUCCGAGGACAUGGCCACCAAGAACCGCUUGUUCCUUGAAGUGAUGAGGGAGAAGAGGGACAACGAAGUGCUUCCUUAGACUGCUGAUACUAUCCAAAAUCCUGCAAGUCCAUAAAGUCCGAAUAGCCUGUUUAUUUUACCAUUCACUGGUUUUUCUAGAUUACAUGAAACUGAAGGAAAUGGGAUGAAGUGUUACAGAUACGUUAGUCCUAGACGUUGGCAGCCG